CCCGCCACAGCCGCCAGCCCGCCCGCCGCAGGCUGCCCGCCGCCGCCGCCGCCAUCUUGGAAGCGGGCAGAAGGCGAUGACGUCACGAGGGCAGGACGCGGCGGUGACGGCGUCAGAUCGAGACGAGGCGACGCGGGGCGGACGCGUCCGAAGGUUUGUUGCUGCUGCGGAAAUGGGGGAGUUUGGAAUCACACCAGGCCAGCGUGUGGCCGUCAUCUGGGACAGCUCCUCACCGGUUGAAGCCUUGAAGGAUUUGGUGGAUAAAAUUCAGAUGCUGGUGGGAGCUGAUAAUCGUGUCGCAGUGGAAAACGUAAACCAACUGUUUCAGUCGGCUCACAGGGAGUCCAGUUUCGAUGUAAUUCUCUCUGGUGUGGUACCAGGCAGUACUGCUCAGCACAGUGCAGAGGUCCUGGCAGAAAUAGCUCGGAUACUUAAGCCGGGGGGCCGCGUCCUCCUGAAGGAACCCGUCAUUACAGAAUCAGAAAACAACAGCAGAAUUAAGACAGCAGCCAAACUCCCCACAGCUCUGACUCUCUCUGGGCUGGUGGAAGUGAAGGAGCUGCAAAAGGAAGCGUUGACACCAGAGGAGGCCCAGUCGGUCCAAGAGCAUUUUGGCUACCAAGGCAAUGACCUUGUCAUUGUUCAGAUAGAAGGCAGGAAGCCAAAUUUUGAAGUGGGAUCCUCAAGUCAGCUCAAACUUUCCUUUGCCAAGAAACCUGGUCCUUCAGGAAAACCCCCAGUGGACCCAGCCACUGCCAAGAUGUGGACGCUGUCUGCCAAUGAUACGAACGAUGAAGAGAUGGAUCUUCUGGACUCCGAUGAGCUGCUGGAUUCAGAGGAUUUGAAAAAGCCAGAUCCAUUGUCCCUCAGAGCUCCAUCCUGCAAAGAAAUGGGCAAAAAGAAAGCAUGCAAGAACUGCACGUGUGGCCUGGCUGAAGAGCUGGAACAAGAGAAGAAGAGUUCACAGCCCAAAUCUGCCUGUGGAAAUUGCUACCUGGGGGAUGCGUUCCGCUGCGCCAGCUGCCCGUACCUGGGGAUGCCUGCCUUCAAGCCUGGGGAGAAGAUUCUCCUGAAAGAGAAUCAGCUGCAUGAUGCAUAACAAAGAUGUCUUUGGAUGUCCUGCAAAGGACUCCUCUGCUUUUCCAUCUGCCUGAGGUUCUUCCUGCAGUCCUCCUCAUCCUCUCAACCUCAUGUUCUCUGGCCAAUACUCUUUGUGGAGAGGGACAUGAUGGGUACUGACACUGCUGUAAGCUCAUCACUUGUAACCUGCCUGAUCAUCUUUGGUGACAAAGUGGUCUCAUAUGUAUUUGACUCCAUGUUAUGCCUUGUUUUAGCUGGUUUGACUUGAUACUGGCACGCUGGCUGUCACAGCGUGUCCCACCAGCAGAGGGAAGUGGAAUCAAGUGUCAGAUUGACUUCUUGCAUGUGGCAGGGACAGGUACUUCUCCACGCCCAUGUUGUGCAACUCUAAUUUGUCUUGAUUAAUCAGCAGCUGUGGCUCAGCUCUCAGGGUGACACUGGGCUCCUGCUCUCUUUGAAAUUUGAACCUGCAGUUCCUUACCAGGUGAAGGUGGCUCAGCAGCAGCUCCUGUUGCAAGUCAGGAGCAGUGAGUACACCUAGCAGUAUGUACUCAUAGCAGCCUACAUGAACUCCUUGGUCUGGCAGGCAUGAUGAAUUUCCAAGUGUUUCAGGAGUCUGCUGUUGAUAUCCCCUGCCCCUGUCUAUUUACAUCAAAAUGAUAAAGAUUCACUUGAACUGAGAAAACUCUUGUCCCUAAGGCAGGGAGCAGAUUAAACAAGAUCUGCCCUGUCCUCCCACGCCUUUCUGUCCAAUGAGCUGAUAACACAAGGCCAAUCUGAGAUUGUCGCCUCUCUUGGCAGUUACCAAGUGAGUUACCUGCAGUGUCCAGUAAGUAAAAACGUAGCAAUAACUUUAUUUCUAGAUGAUCUGUGGUCACCAUCUGCUCCAGCUCUGAGAUACUGACUGCUCUUUAUUUAUUUGCAUAAUUGCUCUUAGUGAAGCAUCUGUGCCAGGUGCAGGAUGCGGGAGCUGUUCACGUUCUGUGCCAGGCCUGCUUCUUACCCAGGGAGGGAGAGGAGGAAAGCCCAAAGCCGGUGUCUCAGCGGGGAUUGCUUUGUCUGGAGCUCUUGCUCUACAGGAUGUGACUGCUUGUUUUUUUUCAUGCUACCUGGGUUACACAUUAAACUCAUGGAGGGAGCUGGGAUGAAAGGCUGUUCUGUUCUUGAAAUAAAGUGACCAACAGUAAAGUGUUUAAGACAGA